AUGGUGGCACAGGAGAGUGUGUUGCUGUUGUCUUGCUUGUUUUGUCUUGGCAGAGCUGACUGGCUGCAGAAUAUCAGCACUGACCUCUUCAGAUCUUCUGGAGACAUUCUAAUUGGAGGCCUCUUCCCCAUUAACGAGCUCACCAGCGACCUGAGUGAACGAGAGGAGCCUGAUGACAUUGAGUGUAACAGUAUCAACACCUACGGGCUAGGGCUGGCCCUGGUGAUGAAGUUUUCUGUAGACCACAUCAACGCAGAGCAAAGUGUCCUGCCUGGCAUAAAGCUGGGCUUUGAGACCUACGACACGUGCAGGCAGCCGGCCGUGAUCAUGAAGCCCACCCUCCUCUUCCUCAGCGAGGGCUCCACGGAGGAAGUGGCCGUCAAGUGCAACUACACCGACUAUGUCACGCGGGUGGUGGCCGUAAUCGGCCCGUACAUCUCAGAAAUGGUGGGCGUCGUGGGAAAGCUUCUCGGGUUCUUCCUGAUACCGCAGAUCAGCUACGGGGCCACCAGCGACAAGUUCAGCGACAAGGACCUGUACCCGUCCUUCAUGCGCACCGUGCCCACGGACAAGUGGCAGGUGGAGGCCAUCGUGGAGCUGCUCAAGCUGUUCGGGUGGAACUGGGUGGCGGUGGUGGCCAGCGAGGACGAGUACGGGCGGCAGGGCCAGCGGCAGUUCUCCAGCCUGGCGGGAAACGAGGGCAUCUGUGUGGCGUACGAGGGCCUGAUCCCCAUCUACAGCGACCCCCUGCCCACCAUCAAGAACAUCCUGCAGCACAUCAACACCACCAGCACCGGGGUCGUGGUGCUCUUCUCCCUCUCGCAGCCCGCGCUGACGUUUUUCAAAGAGGUGAUCAACCAGAAAAUGAAGCUUGUAUGGGUCGGCAGCACCGCCUGGGCUCUGCACAACGACAUCGCCUCGUUGCCCCAAAUCAACACCGUGGGCACCAUCCUGGCCUUCGCCGACAAGAGCCGUCCGCUGCCUCUACUGAGCCCCUACUUCCAGGCCCUCUUCUCCAAGAUCCAGCAGGAGAGGCAGGAGCAGCCGUCCUCGGAGCCCAGUUCCCUCACCCCCACCAUGGGCAACCCCUGCCCUCAGUGCUGGUACUUCUCCCCAGACAACAUCACGCUGGUGGACCAUACACUCUUGCAGAGGACGGCGUUUAGCGUGUACGCUGCCGUGUACAGCGUGGCCCAGGCACUGCACGACAUGCUGGGGUGUAACGCCACCUCAUGCCCACCGUUAGGCAAACAGAAGAUCUACCCAUGGCAGUUGCUAGAGGUGCUGAGGAAAGUGUCCUUGGACAUCAACGGCACGCACCUUAAGUUUGACAAGGAUGGGAACCCCAACAUUGGCUAUGAUGUGAUGGUGUGGAUCUGGCGGGGGCAGAAAGUGGAGUUCAGGGAAAUCGGCAGCUUCCUUGGGAACCUCUCUAUCGACAAGACACGCAUCGAGUGGCACACAGAAUCCAAUGAGGUGCCUACGUCCAGCUGCUCUGCAGACUGUAGGCCCGGACAGGUCCGCCGGGUCAAAGGCUUCCACUCCUGUUGCUUUGACUGCAUCACGUGCCUAGAGGGAACUUUCCAGAAUAAUUCAGAUGACAUCCAGUGCACCACCUGCCCCGAGGGCCAGUGGUCCAUCCAGCGCAGUAACCACUGUUUGGACCCCACAUACACCUACCUGGCCUGGGACAGCCCUGAGAGCCUUGGCCUGGUGCUGGCAGGGGUGGUGGUGCUCAUCUGUGAGAUCGUUGUCACCGUGCUCUUCCUGCGCCACUGGGACACUGCGUUGGUGAAGGCGAGCGGAGGGCCCCUGUGUGUCUUGUCCCUGCUGUGCCUGGUGGUGUGUUGUGCCAGCCUGGUGCUCUUCCUGGGCCCUCCGGGGGACAUCAUGUGCCGCCUGCAGCUGCCAUUCAACGCCUUCUUCCCCACUGUGGCCCUGUCCGCUAUUUUAGCCAUCUCUCUACAGAUUGUUUGUGUCACUGAGUUCCCAGAGAAGACGUGCCCUCACCUGCAGACCUUGCGAGGCCCGGGCAGCUGCCUGGUGGUGCUGGCCUGCUGUGGAGUUCAGGCUGGACUGUGCGGCUGGUUCGUCCAGGUGGCCCCUUCCCUGACCACCUCUCGCGCCAACCUGAAGGUGACCUUUGUGGAGCGGUUUCUCGGAUGCCCGGUGGAACCGAUGCUGAGCUUUGGCAUUGUGCUGGGCUUCAACGGCGCACUAGCUCUGGUCUCCUUCAUGUGCACCUUCAUGGCCCUGAAGCCAGCCGGGCAGUACAACAUGGCACGUGACAUCACCAUUUCCACCCUGGCUUACUGCGUGGUGUGGGUGAUCUUCGUGCCCAUCUACACGGGUUUGGACGACAGGGAAAAGUCCAUCGCUCACGUGGCCGUCACCCUGAUCAGUCACAUGGGGCUGGUGGCAGCCUACUUCUUCCCCAAGUGCCACCUACUGCUGAAGACACCUGAGCUCAACACACCAGAGCACUUCCGCGCCUACCUGGAGGGCAAAACAGCACCAGAGGAGGAGCAGGCUCACUAA